AUGCAGACUGAACAGGACCGGUUGCAGCCCGCCCACCCAGCCGGGCUCUCAGGGCCUCUCCGCUCUCGGCGGGCUGCUCAGAGCUACGCUAGGCCCGGGCCUCCAGGCGCCGCCGCUGUCCGCCAUCUCCCAGGCCGGGGCGGCUUGGGCCCAAGAGUAAAUCGUGGGGCUCCUCGCUCAGCAGGGAGAUUCUCAGAGCAGUGGCGUUGGCGUGCCGGAAUUAGUGAGCAUGCGCAGUCUGUGCUCUUGGGACCUUCGGCCUCAGUGGUCUUUGAGGAUGUGGCCGUGGAGUUCACCCAUGAAGAGUGGGCAUUGCUGGAUUUUUCUCAGAGGAAGCUCUACAGAGAUGUGAUGAUAGAAACCUUCAGAAACAUAGGCUCAGAGAGGCCUUAUGAAUGUAAGGAGUGUGGGAAAACCUUUAGUUAUCUUUCAAACCUGUACAGACAUAUAAGAACUCACAGUGGAGUGCGGCCGUACGAAUGUAAGGAGUGUGGGAAAGCCUUCAGUCGGUCCUCAUUCCUCACUGCACACCUACGAACUCACAGUGGAGAGAAGCCUUAUCAUUGUACAGAAUGUGGGAAAGCCUUUAGUUCUUCCUCUUCCCUCAGUAAGCAUCUAAGAAAUCACAGUGGAGAGAGGCCCUAUGAAUGUAAGGAAUGUGGGAAAGCCUUUAGUCAUGUUUCAGAUCUUAGUAGACACGAAAGAGCUCACAGUACAGAGAAGCCUCAUGAAUGUAAGGAAUGUGGGAAAGCCUUCAGUCAGUUUUCACAACUCACUAGACAUGAAAGAGCUCACAGUGGAGAGAAGCCUUAUGAAUGUCAGGAAUGUGGGAAAGCCUUCCGUCAGUCCUCACAUCUCACUAGUCAUAGAAGAACUCACUGGGGAGACAGGCCUUUUGAAUGUCCGGAGUGUGGAAAAGCCUUCAGUCAAUCCUCACACCUCACUAGCCAUAGAAGAAUGCACAGUGGAGAGAGGCCUUACGAAUGUAAAGAGUGUGGGAAAACCUUUAGUCGUUCUUCAGCCCUCUCUACACAUGUAAGAAUUCACACUGGAGAGAGGCCUUAUAAAUGUAAGGAAUGUGGGAAAACCUUUAGCCGUUCCUCUGCUUUCUCAACACAUUUAAGAAUUCACACUGGAGAGAGGCCUUAUGAAUGUAAGGAAUGUGGGAAAGCCUUUAGUGAUUUCUCGUCCAUAAAAAGACAUACUAGAACUCAUAAUGGACAGAGGAACUAUGAAUGUCAAGAGUGUGGGAAAUUAUUUAUUUCUUCUUCAGACCUCUGCAAACAUGUUAGAACUCAUGGAGAUACACUGUAUGAUAGUAAGGAAUUUGGGAAGGCCUUUAAUUGGCCUUUAUCUGUCACUAAUCAUGGGAAGUGCUUGCCUAUUCGUGGCUCGUCUGCGCUGGCUGGGGCGGUACCUGGUGUAGCCCGCGGAGCCGGAGGGCACCUGAAGAUUGAAGGGCGCUGCUCCGCAUUCCCUGGCUGCUCCAGAGCCUCGCCAUUGGUUUCCUGUAGUCGGGCUGUGCUCCCAGCCUUCCGGGCGCCGCCGAGAGCCUGGCCCGCUGAGCCACAGCUGGUUUCUGCGGAGCUGGGCUCCGAACGGCUGGACCUGUGUCUCUCUGUGUAA